AGAACUCUACAUAGGUAUAGAUAGAACAAACAGAAAUCAGACUCAGAACAACCACACAACACAAACACAGUCACAGAGAAUCAAAGAAUAAGAAAAAUGAUGAAGUUGAUGAUGGUUCCCGUUUUCGCUCUCGCUGCAGCGAUUCUCCUAAUGACGGUGGCUAAAGUCCCCGUGGCGGAAGGAGUGACGUGUUCGCCGACGGAGCUGGCUUCAUGUGCGCCGGCGUUUAUGUCAUCUUCGCCGCCAUCUGCGUCGUGCUGCGCUAAACUGAGAGAGCAGAAGCCAUGCCUUUGUGGCUACCUGAGAAACCCUAGCCUCCGCCAAUACGUUAGCUCUCCAAACGCUAAGAAAGUCGCCAACAGUUGCAAGAUUGCUUCCCCAAACUGUUAAUCAAUAACCAUGAUUAACUAGUGACAAGUUUCACUGAUUAUGAGUGGUUAAUUAUUGGUUAAAGUGGUUAUACUACUGUUUCGAAUAAUACUGGGUGAUGAUAAUAAUCAUUAUCAUGUUUUAAUGUUUUGUUAUGUGUGUUUCUAUAUACCAAUAUAUGAAAAAAAACUUGGGGAAAAGAAAAAGCAAAAAAAAAACUGUCUUUCUUUUUA